AUGGCCAUAGAUGAGGAAGCCAGCCUUUGGCCUACAGAGAGCCUACUCCUGAAAGAAGGUCGCAAGCACUACUACACCAAUGUCUCUCCAAUUCACUGGCAGCUUCGAUCGUUGGUCAGUGCCGAGCAACAAGAUAUCGUCUACUUCCCUGCGGGCGCCAACAACACUCACAUUACGCGACUCCACACCACGACCCGCGAAUGCGAAACCAUUAGGGUAAUCAACUUCCCACCCCGAUGUCUGGUCGCUAGUGAGGGGUGGAUCUGCUGUGGAGGCGAGAGCGGAGAGUUUACCGUCAUCCGAGACGUAGGUCGAACCGACGCGCAAGACGAUGUCCUCGGCAACGAAUUCCGCUCGACCUUGAGCUCCCUGGAAUCUUCCAGCGUGGCAGAGGGUUCCAUGUCCCGACUCCAUCGCGAUAUGCUGAACCUCGUGGAACGGAUCAACGGCUCGAACAAGACGUGGUCCUCCUCGAAUCACAAGGUCGGCAGCGAGCGCGUCAACUGUAUAACGAUCUGGCACCCCCCUCAGGGCAAGCGCGACCCCGCCCAAUACUCAUCGUCUCCGCUGGCCAUCCUUGCCAACAAUGACAGAACCGUUACGAUUGUUGGGCUUCACGAUCCCGGCAAACGCCUGGACCGGCUUCAGUACCCGGACUGCGUCAAUCGAAGCGUCCUCUCCCCGGAUGGGACCCUAUUAAUUGCCAUCUGCGACGACCCCUUUCUUUAUGUGGACGUGAGACGACCGGUCACCAAACACCAGGGUGACUCGAGCGAGAAGUUCGAGUGGGUCCUGCUACCACGGAUACGACUAAAAGGCCAAUGGUAUGAAGAUGCUACGGACUGCCGAGGAAGCUUUGCCGCAUGUUUCUCCCCAUCUGGCAGAUACUUGGCCGUCGGUACUCAGUACGGCACGAUAUCUGUAUUCGACGCAAAUGCCCUCAAGGAUCCCGACUCGGAUGCCUUAGUGGCGUAUUUCAAUUCCGAUCGAUCACCGGGAGAAUUUGGGGCUGUUAGAGACAUGGCCUUUUCCCCGGGGCCGUUCGAUCUCCUCGCGUGGACAGAACACCGUGGAAGGGUCGGUAUCGCAGACGUGCGUACCGGCUUUAGACAACGGCAAAUCGUAUCUUUGGAUAAACCAGAGGGUUUCGACCAUUUUGCGCUCAGCGACAGGAGCACCGCCGACCCACGUCUACCUGAUCCGCGUAACGAGCGUGAUUCAGAAGACUCGCUGCGAAGCCUCUUCUUGCAAAACACCAUGAACCAAUCCAUCUCUAUCCAGACUCCGCCCAUCACGGGCGCUUUAGACUUCACUCCGCGAGUCAAUAUCUCUAGCGCUGAGCUUGCUGCCGCCGCCCGAGACGCUCGACGCCGAGAGUUGCGGGAAAGGGUGGAACAGCGGGAUCAACAUCUCGCAGAAUCUCAAGGUCAACAACCCGCUGGAGAAGGGAGUGCUGCAUGGAGGUCCCCGGGCUGGGAGCACCGGGAAACCGUAACACGUAUCCUCGAACGCGAGCGUAUACUCGGGAAUCGCGAACCGCACCGCUCCGGAUCCAGUCAGGCGCAGCCUGAGCAGGACCGCGAGAGACGUGCACCUACCCCCCGGCGGCGGAGCUCCUUGAUGCAGGCAGCGGCACAGGGCGUUGAUCCUGCCCCGCAGGCGAUCGGCAACAGAGCACAAGGCUACGGCCACGACAAUCCGGCAACCUCGCGCGGAGAGUGGACACCACUAUACAUGGGGAGACUUGCCUCGGGGUGGCGCGAUAUCGAAGCGCUAGCAACCAUUAGUAGAGGCGACGACACCAUAUUCGACACAGCUCGAGUCGAGUCCAGCAGAUCCCGUCGCGGUAGCCCGGUGAUUACCACCGGCGUGUGGACCAGCGAUAGGUCCUUUAUCCGUCGCGCUAGAAUGGGUCAUCGCGAGCACCCGCAGAAUGCCGACGACACUGCCGGUCUGUCGUGGAGCGAAGAUGGUCGAAUUUUGUACGUUGGUGCCGAGGACGGAAUUUAUGAAUUCCACGUCAACGUGCAGAAUAGGAAGACAUUUCCGGACAUUGUGCCUCGUUAG